AUGUCUCGCUUGGCCCGAUUUUGGGAUUCAUUGGAAAAUGAUAAUUUUUUCGAUAUAGUUGCGUGUCCACCAAAACAUUCUCUCACCAAAUAUAAUCAACAAUGGCUUUCGAGUUUACAAUUUUCACGGGACGAUGAAUUAUCGACAAUUUUGUAUGCAAAACCAUUAUAUGGAAUUGAUAAACUUCGACAUUAUUAUGGAGAUGAAAAAAUGAAAGAUGAUGGAAAAGAUAAUUAUUAUUCUACUAAAAAGAUAUCAAUUGGAAAUAAUACAAAGUUAGUUAUCUCUUUUGAACAAUAAACUCACAUUUGAGAACAUUUAAAAAUUGUACCGAAAUUUUUGUGAAAUUCUUGAAACAGUGAAUUUUCCGCUUCAGAAAAUUUGAAUUUCCCUGAAUUUUGAUUAUGAAUGAAACCAAAAUUAUAAAAAAAAACUACAGUAUACCCUACAGUUCAUGUGUAAUUGAAAGUAAAAUUUACAUUCAUUUUCGAAUCUGUCAACUGUAUAAGCAAACAAUAUUGUUUCUUAAUAAUAAGCAAGAGAGCUGCCGCUGUCAAAACAUUCAAGAUUCAAGUAUUGACAUAGUUUUUAGUUUCUUCAAUCGUAUUUUACAAAUAAUAUUUAUUAUUUAUUACCUCAUUUGCAAAUUUAUUUGUUAUUCAAAAGAUCAGAGAUGAUCAAAAAUUCUCAAAAUAAACCUCUGAACGCUUGAAUUUUUUUUUUGAAAACAGGUGACUGUUGAUAAUAAUUAAUGAUAUCUUCAAUCUUUUUCCUCUCACAUUUAUUGUUACUUUUUGUCUAUCAGAAGCUUUCCCUCUUUUUCUUUUUGUUCUUUCCAUUAUUAUCCAAAAUGUAAAUAAAAAAGAAAAAGAAUCCAGUGUCAUUGACACUUCUUGUUUGUUUUAAAAAUUUAUUAUAAUUUCGUGAAUAUAAUAAUGGUGAUGCGGUAAUUUAUACCAGUUCCUAGAUUUUCUGAAAUUCCAAAUUGCAUUUUUCCAGUAAAAAUAAUAUGAUUUCAACUUCACUCGGAAACUUGUCGGCUCCUCCAAAACCUCAGAGAAGAAUUGCAAGGAUGAGAAGUUCCGCUAAUGAUUUCGCAGGUACAUUUUUUUAUUGGAAUUUUUGAAUGAAGAAUUUUUUGUAGCAAGCCUUCCUCAAUUAUUGGAACAUACAACAACUUUAGAUAUGAUUCGGAAUACUUCAGAAAGCAAUUCCACGUUAUGUUCUAAUGGUUAUAGAGAUGGUGAGUAAAUUCAGAAUUUUUUGGAAAAAAUUCUCAUUUUUCGCAAAAAUCUAACCUUCCAUAAAUCAAGCUCUCAAAUAGCCUCAUUUCCCAUUUCCUCCAAUUUUUUCUCUCUAAUCUUAAUUCGUUUUUGUUGCAGAUCCGUCAAUUGAAGAUGCUCGAGUCAGAAAUGUGAGGAGCUUUUCUAAUUGUUUCCACAUGCCUUCUCAAAUAUAAUUUUACAUUUUUCUUCAGAUCAAAUUGCCUGGAUUUCGUGGUGACUUGAAGAAAUCGCUUUCGAAAUAUCAGAGUCAUCCGUCUGUGGUUGUUGUUGCACCAAAUCGUCCGCCACCGUCAUACGAACAAUUUCAAGUUAUGAGAAAGAAUUCGAUAAAAUCUGGAAAUGCUACACCAAUUAAAAGGCAUACUGUAACUGUGAAUGGAGAACAUGUUCAACAAGCACUAACAAGGUUUUUUUGAAAUUUUUGUAGUAUACUGUAGCUUUUAUAAAACAAUAGGUAUUCCAAAAAAAAUAUUUUCAGAAUGGAAUCCAGCAAUGAAAGUACAAAUACAAUUCUUCGAUCACCAAAAAGUAAUCGAUCAGAUAGUAUAACAUCAGUCGAUUCCGGUCAAUGUUCAUCAGAUCAACCAGAAAAACGAUCAUUAUGUUCAUUUCGACAAGAAAGUAAAGACGAAGAUGAAAAUGGAAUGCCAAGUUAUGCAAGAAUGGCAAGCACAAUGGAUCAUGUUCUUCGAACAUCUUCAGCACUUUUCACAUUGUUGUCAACGACUUUAGAUCCAACAAUAUCUCGCGAUAUUUUGGCGAAAUCUUCAGUAUUUUUGCAAUUAUUGGAGACUUCGCCAUGUCAAAAUGUUUUGCCAAAAAAUGAGAUUUCUCAAUUGAAAUUAAAUGUGGCAGAAUUGCAAAAAAAUCGAGAAACUGGUCAAAUUGAUAUGAAUAAUAUGACCAACUUUUUUGCAAUUCUCCUCCGGAAAACCAUCGAAUCAGUGCUUCAAAUAUUCGUAAGAAUAAUCUGUAAAUAUAUGCAAGAUUGUAAUUCGAAAGAUCGAUUAUUGAGUAUUUCUCUCGAACAUCUUAUUCAUAUUUGUCUUUUUGGCGACGAAUUAUGUAUCGAGGCCAUCCAGAAAAAUUGCAUAACAUAUACAAUUCGACUAUUGAAAUGUCCCGGAAAUCCAGAGAACACAAAUCGCUUUUUAUUGCGAACAUUGGCAGUCUUAUGCGGAGUUUCAAAAGGAUCUUUGGCUCUUUUAACGGUAACUAGAAAAGCAGCUAACAUCGAGAACAUUUUUAAAUUUUCAGCAAGGAGGUCUCGAAUUAGUAAUAGAUCGGCUUCUUUCAAAAUCUUCAUCAGUUUGUUCAAUCGAAGCAGCUGGGAUUCUGACUCAAUUAACAAAUCCACAAUCAGCAUUUAUUCGAUUGAAUCAUGUUCAGCCGAUUAUUUCAAGACUACUUGGUAAGACUGAGUUCCAAAUUUUUGGACCACAGAAGAUUUCGAAAAAUCUUUAUCGAAACUUUUUUCCUGGGCGAUCUUUCUGGUUCUAUUGAUCCCUUCUUUGCAGAUUUGAUAGAUCAAUGUACAACUGGCGAUUCGCUUCUUCUUGCAUCGGCCGCUUUGAACAAUGUGACACUUCAACAUCCAAGUGGCGUUGAUAUUAUGUACAAGUAAGUCACGCUUCUAAAUUCCAAUGAUUUAAUUACUUCCAGAAACUCUGCAAUUCGCCGUUUCAUAAACGCUCACAACCGCGAAAAUUGUGCCACAAUAUUCGUUCAAGAACAAAUCGUCACCGCAUUUUCUCGACUAGCAUCGCGUCAUUACGAAAGACAACUUGUUGAGCAAAAAGCAGUUCCAGUUCUUCUCGAAUUCCUUUCUCUAACACAUCCAAUUCAUGCGGAUUACUGUAGACGGAUACGGUAUAAGGCAGCGGUUUGUAUUGGAACUUUGGCGAACAGUGAAAUUGGAUUAAAAUCAUUGUAUGAUAACAAUGGUGAGUAUUUAUGGAUUUUUGUAAAUAUUUGACGAGAAAGUUUUUAGCCUAUGCAAUUCUGAGUAAUGUUCUUUACGAUGACAACAAUGUUAGUAAUCCUUUCAAUAUGAUUUGUAAUAAUAUUCGGAAUCGUUUGGAAUCAAAAUAUCAAUCAGAAAGUGCUGUAUAA